GAAAAGAAUGCGGUUGUAUUAGAAAAAGAAAAAAAGGUCCAGAAAUCACGCUGUUUUAUCAGGCUGAUUCUCAUCUCACCACCGGCACCUCUUUUUCGCAAAGAUUUCCUGUCAAAUUUCUUCAUUUGAUGUUGUUUGAUAGGUGGUUUGACAGUUGGAUAUGAUUGCAUGUUAAGUUGGUAGUCAAGAAAGAGAGAAUUUAGAAGAUGGCUGCAGUCAGCAAAACCAGAAGUAUUAUUGAGGGUUUUGUGAGAGAUGGAUCAUUUAAAUGGUUAUUGAAAAGCCGAAGUCCAUUUCAUGAAGAGUUUGAGGAGAUGAAACUGUCUCCAUCUGCUGACAGAAACUGGGUAUUUGAGUUAUCUCCCGUGGCCAAUAUAGUUGUCCGGCGAUGUUCAAAAAUCCUUGACAUUCCUACUCGUGAGCUUCAAGAUAUCUUUAAUCGGGAGGCUUCUGAUGCUACAAAAGAUCCGUCACUGUAUGCCAGGAAUUUUCUAGAAUAUUCAUGUUUCAGGGCUCUUGCUGUGUCCACACAAGUGAACGGUUACAUGGAGGACAAAAAAUUUCGACGUCUAACAUUUGAUAUGAUGCUUGCUUGGGAGGUUCCUGAUACUGCUAGUCAGCCCACUAUGGAUAUAGAAGAGGAUGCAAGUGUGGGGAUAGAGGCCUUCUCCCGGAUCGCACCAGCGGUUCCUGUUAUAGCUGAUGUCAUCAUCAGCGACUAUAUAUUUGAAUUUCUUACAACAUCGACCGGAGGGCGGCUUCAAUAUUCUACCUUCGACAAAUACCUUAUUGGGUUGGAUAGGGCUUUGAGAAAACUAAAAUCUCAGUCAGAGUCAUCUCUCCUUUCAUCCCAAAGAUCUGAAAGAGGGGAAAAAAUUCUGGAAAUGGAUGGCACGGUAACUACCCAGCCUGUUCUUCAACAUGUAGGGAUCUCAACAUGGCCUGGCAGGUUAACUCUGACAGAUCAUGCUAUGUACUUUGAGGCUCUUCGGGUUGUAUCUUAUGACAAGCCAACAGUUUAUGAGUUGGCUGAUGAUUUGAAGCAGUUUGUGAAGCCAGAGUUGACUGGUCCAUGGGGAACCAGACUUUUUGACAAAGCCUUCUUAUAUAAAUCAGUUUCCAUAUCAGAAGCAGUUGUUAUGGAGCUUCCUGAGCUAAAGGGGCAUGCUCGGCGUGACUACUGGCUAGCUAUCAUACGUGAAAUUUUAUAUGCCCACAGAUUUAUACGCAAGUUCCAGAUUAUGGGUGUUGCAAGGGAUGAAACACUCCUGAAAGCAAUAUAUGGAAUUGUACGGAUGCAAGCUCUCAAAGACAUGAGUUCUCCAAUCCCGUUGUGCUUUGAGGCUGGUCUUAUGUUCAAUGCUUGUGAUCAACUUCCAGGUGGAGAUCGAAUACUGGAAACACUUGCAACCAGCAGAAAUAGCAGUAUCACAAGUGGAAUGUUUUCAAUUUCAGCUACCACCAUGGCUUCUAGCUAUGGAUUAGUGUUUGGUACAACUUCUAACGAAUCUGGAAUUGUUGUUGGAGAUGUAAGUGUUGGAAUGCUAACUCCAUUAGAGAAAGCUGUUAAGGAAUCCAGAAGCAGUUACAAGAUGGUUGCCAAUGCACAAGCCACGGUCGAUGGAGUCAAAGUUGAAGGAAUCGAUACCAAUUUGGCUGUCAUGAAGGAGUUGCUCUAUCCAGUUACUGAACUUGGGAAUCGUCUUGUCAAAUUAUUUUACUGGGAAGAGCCUGUGAUGUCACUUUCUUUUUGUCUGGUAUUUACUUACGUCAUUUAUGGGGGAUUAAUUUCUUAUGUCUUUGCGUCAUUGCUUGGCUUUCUUGCACUUUUUAUUCUAAUGACACGAUGGUCUAGUCGAGGACGGCCAGUGGAUGAGUUUAAGGUGAUAGCACCACCGCCAAUGAACACAAUGGAGCAGCUCUUGGCCGUCCAAAACGCAAUUUCUCAGGCUGAAGAACUAAUCCAAGAUGGGAAUGUUGUUCUUCUCAAACUACGUGGUCUUCUGUUGUCCAUAUUUCCACAGGCAAGUGAUCGAUUUGCAGUUGCACUUGUGAUUAUCGCUGUAUUUGUGGCGUUUGUACCCAUGAGAUUUGUAAUUUUGGCUGUGUUCUUGGAGGAAUUCACAAAGUACUCUCCUAUAAGGACACCAAGCACAGAAAGAUGGAGUCGGAGAUUGAGAGAGUGGUGGUUUAGCAUACCGGCAGCUCCUGUCGUACUGGAAAUAGUUAAAGAAGACAAGAAAAAGAAGUAAUAAUUAAGUAGGUGUAGAUGUAAAUAGACCUCACUCCAAAUUUUACUUCUAGAUUCAAAUAAAUGUAAGAUAUUUAAAAUUAUCAUGUGAGAGUACAUUUUGUUAA